GGUGCUUUUCUGGCAUCUCUGUACCGUAUCUAUAGCAAAUUAACUCUGUAUCAACAGUACAGGUAGUACACACGGUGAAAAAUCAAAUUUUUAUAGAAAAAACCCAUAAUCCGUAUAAACAAAGAUACGUUUAAAAGAUUUCAUCGCUAUUGAUGAUAUUAGUUAAUUUGAUACGAAACGCAAGGUUAUGAGAGUUAUUACACGACUGUACAACAGAAAUAAUUCUUACUUAAAAACGGAAGAAGUUGUAUAAUGUAAUAAAUUCAUAUUGUUGUAGAAACGUGUCUAAUUUGGGGAACUCAGUGAAAAUAUAAGUUUGUUCUUUAGAUCAUUUUUAUUAAAAAACAGUCAAAAUGCCGUUUAUGAUCGGUCCAAGUCCUAUACGUAGAACAUUAAAAUAUUUAGAAGCUGGCAAACUAAUUCUCAAAGAUGCGAUACAUAUAUUUUCCAUUAAUUAUAAUACACACGGAUCAAAUCAUCAAGGAACUAGGGAUUUUGUGUUUUGGAAUUUACCUCAAAUUAAAUAUAAAAAUCCAGCAGUGCAGGUUAUUACUUUUAGAAAUUUGACACCAACACCUUUCAUAAGAUGUUAUUAUGGUAAUGGCAAAACUAUGUUAAUUGAUGUGGAUAACAAGAGUAAGGAUGAUAUAUUACAGCAUCUUUGUCAAGUGGUAGGUAAAACACAAGACCAAUUGGAAAUUGAAAAUAUAAUUAGGAGAAAACAAGACAAUCCUGCAAAUUUUGGUGUUGGUUGUUCAAAAAGUUGUAUUUGCACAGUUCCUAAUCAAGUACCAUGUCCUGGUAUAGUACCUUUACCAUUUCAUAUGCGUGGUAAAACAAAAAAUGCUAAGAAAAAUGAAAUGUAAAAUUAUUCAAACAAUUCUAUUGUAAAUAUAAUAAAAGUAACCA